AUGGCCGACCAGGACGAGGAUCUCGUCGGGGUCGCGCUGGGCGAGGAAGGCCCCCACGCCCCUCACCACCGCCGCCAGGCCCGGGGCCUCGCGGACGGCCUCGUCCGUGAUGUGGUGGAUCUCCACCGUCCGAGGGGAGAUCGCGCGGCCGGGGUUCACCAGCGACGAGAAGGACGUCCCCUCGACCGGGUCGAAGAGGGCGAUCUCGAUUAUCUCGUCCGAGCUCACGUUGAGCCCGGUCGUCUCGACGUCGAAGAGAACCAGGCGGUAGCGCUUUCGCUGGUCGGCGCCGUCGGCCGUGAGGUGCUGGGCCACCCGGAGGGAAAGCCGCGCCCCCCCCGAGGCGAUAAUCCCCGCCUCCGCGGCGUAGCGCUGGAGGUGGACUUCCCCGUCUAA